GAGCUAACACAGCACCUAAAUGCGCGACAUCUCUAUCCUACCGCAGCAUGGCUGCAAAGCUUCCUCUCCACAACCCGACCGAACACGCCAUUGCCCGCCAUCAAGCAGACCGCCCACUUCCGCCUACUAGCCACCGACAUUACCACGUCGCUCAGUCAGCCUGCAGUCUCGUUGUUUCCCAACGAUGUACUAAAAAGCACCAUCCAAUCCCGCAUCAUCCCUGGCCCGAUUGUCUGUCAAGUGCUUGACGUUGAAGAUAUUGGCCACUCGCGUUGGUCCCAGGUCGAAUCUAUCGAAGCACAAGAGCGGGGUGAAAUGACGAAAGGGAGAGAGAUUGUGCGUGUUGUAGAACAAGAAAACGAGGGGACUGCUGAGGCUGCAGCACCCAUGCAGAGCAAAGGUCCUUUCAAGCUGCUACUGCAGGAUGCUAAAGCACUCAAGAUCUAUGCCAUGGAUCUGCGAGGCAUUGACGGACUCAACACCAACAUGGCCAUGGGUGCCAAACUUGUACUGCGUAAUGUCGAUGGUGAGGUUUCUCCAGCUGAGACCCCAGUGCUAACAUUCAUUACGACCGCGAAUUUGAGGCUCUGGGUAGCGCCUGAUACGUUUAGCUUGGCUAUACGUUACAAUAGCGAGAUGCUGGCAGGUAGCGAGAGGUAUAGCUUAUUCAUCCUAGAACCGAACGAGAGUCGUACACCAUCUCAGAUUUCCGAUGUACAAAUUGCCUUCACUAGUGACCGAACGUCUUCAGUUGAAUCUAUGCAGACGGCUACCAAGUGGUUGCAAGAGUGUGUCAGUUCACAUCCAGACUGCAACACACCUGAGCGUAACCCCACUUGGUAUCCAACACGUCUCUUGCAUCUUGCCAACUCGUGUGAAGAUGAAAAACACGUCCGGCUCAUACACACAGCACAAGAUCCACCUAUCGGUCCUUAUUCUACCCUGAGCCAUUGCUGGGGUGAUAUCAAGCCUGCUCAGCUUACGCGAGCAAUGGCAUCUGAGUCCGACCCCCGGUAUACUGUUGCGAAUUUGCCCCAAACGUUUCAAGAAGCCAUCGAAGUGUCCAAAAAACUGGGUGUCUGGUACCUCUGGAUAGAUUCAUUGUGCAUCAUUCAAAGUGGAGAUGAUCGUCAAGAUUGGUACCGAGAGGCGAGUCUGAUGGAGAAGGUAUACAUGCAUUCACAUUGCAACAUAUCCGCAAUGGAUGCAGAGGAUAGCACGAAGGGCCUUUUCCGGCAUCGUGCCCCUCUGUACAUUGGUUGUCCGUGCGUCAAAGUCAGCUUAGACGAUAUCCGACCGGAUACUGAACAUGUGGAGUGCCUGAUGACCGACUGUCUCCUCUGGCGAGAUGUCCUUAAGUACUCGCCUCUCAACAAACGCGGCUGGGUCUUCCAAGAGCGCUAUCUUGCUCCACGAGUUCUACAUUUUGGACGAACCCAGCUGUUCUGGGAGUGUCGGGAGCACACCGUAUGCGAAACUUUCCCCCGAGCGCUGCCGUCUGUGAUUCUGCGCAACUUUCCACCGUCUCUCAAAUCCCGAGAACAAAAUGAACAACAUGUAUCUGGUGAGAUGUUUCCUCAACGACGUAUUAGAGAAAAGUCAAACGAGACGAACUGGGAGACCUUAUGGUACGCACUCGUUCGGGAAUACUCUCUCAAAGAGCUAUCGGUCCCAGGCGACAAGUUAGUCGCCCUUUCGGGUGUAGCCAGACAUAUGAUGUCUCGCAUCAAAGACAUCUAUGUUGCCGGCAUGUGGCGCAGAAGUCUAGAAAGAGCGGUGGUCGGUGGGUGGUUAGAUCUGCGUGGCUCCCUCAAACCUAUGAGGUUGCAGAGUUUCAAAUACGAUGAGGCCAUAUAUUGGAACAUGGUUGUUGGCAGUAGCACCAUCACCAAACACGGCGUUGACGACACAAAUGAAGGGCUAUCCGUGAGACUCGAUACUUUGUACGGUGAGGCAGCUUUCGAUAACGAUAACACGGAAGAGCGGCUGUUCUCUAUGCCUGCGUUAAUCGGACGCAGUUCGUAUGGGAAUCAUGAAUCAACCUUGAAUCAACCUAUAACAUCAAUUAUGGCUACUACCGACCACACGGCGCAGUUCCAAGAGCCUCCUGUCAAUGGACUUCCAGGAGCUACAAGCACUACCCCAUCUCACGUUGAUGUUGAUGGCCCGUCCCGUGACGACAUCGACCUCCAAUUUCAAGAACCUAUCGCUCCUGAAACCUCUACUUCUAUAUCUACCUCUACAUCCACCGAAGAUGACGACACUUCGCUCCAGAAGACCACAACUGAGAAGCUUAAGGAUGCUGUGAAAAAGCCAUUUACCAGCUCAGACAAUACUUCCAACUCGCAAACGUUAGGCGAGAAGGACAUUACCAGCCCAGAGAUGGCCGCUGCAAAUGAAGUCCUCGCAGACAAGAACCUAAAGUCGCCGUAA